AUGACCUUGGCAUCUUCAUCCAAUGACAACCAACUUGACUCCUACCAAGACCAGUUUGUAGAAAUACUCCGGAAUAUAUCCAGUCUACAAUGGGUCCGCGAGUCAUUGUCAACUCAUUCACAUCAUUACCAAGCACUCCAACAGCGGCAUAAAAAGGAUGAGCGCCAAGCCAAGGAGAAACGAUUACCAAAUCAAGAACACCAAGAGCAAGAGCACCAACAGCAUGAGAAAGAGAAAGAGAAAGAGAAAGAGAAAGAGAAAGAAAAAGAUAGAGAUAAAGAAGCGCUUGAUAAAAUUGAUCGGACCUUGGCUGGAUUGGAAGAACAAUUGAGUAAUGCUGAUAGUAUGAUGCAUGAGUUGACCCAAGAAAAACAAAGACUCGACACGUUUUGUAGUAGAUUGAACCAGUUGUAUCAACAAAUUAUGCCAGAUACUCUUCAAGGACCUUACGAUCAAAUUGAACAUCUUCUGAAAGAACAAGUCGAAAGCUUGUCAAGUAAAAUUCCAAAUAUUGUGUCAGACAUUAGGGAUCAUACAGCAGCCCAAACUCAAUUAUAUGAAGCAAGAGAGUCUAUGGAGACUGCAAUGAUCAAUCUACCCGGGGCUUCUACUUUUCUUGACCGCCAAGGUGUCGUAGGUCGAGGAAACAAUUCAAGACUAUUCGGAACAUCCAAUUUUCUUCUUCUUCAAGGAUCAUCAGAAGCUGCAACCAAAGAGGCGGAAAAACUUGCUCAAAAGGCGUAUGAAUGUGUCCGAAAGGCAUCAUUAGAAUGUUCCCAAGUCAGUCUCAUUCCAAUCACUCCAUUAAAAAAAGAUGAAAAGGUAAUGGUCGUGCUCACUACCUAUCGUGGUUAUCGCCUAAAGAUCGAAACCCUGUUGAGAACAAGAGUCAAUCCUCGGCUACACAAACUCGAGAGCGAACUGACGAUCAGCCGGUUCCAUUACGAGCAAAGAUCGAUCGAGUGGGUCGAUCGUCAGGUUGAGAUGCUGGGAUCUGUGUUUUGGUCCAACGGGUGUCUGGAAAACAUCGAUCUCAACCAAGAGAUCUCUGCCCUGAGGAUGGGAUCAAGUGCAACAAUUGCAGCCAUAGCUUCCCAGACGGGUGGCCGAGUGACGGUGGAUGAUGUACUAGAGGUUGGAAUUAUCAUUGGCAGUGGUGAUGGAGAUGUUAAUAAUAGCAAUAGUAAUAGUAAUAGUAAUAGUAAUAGUAAUAGUAAUAGUAAUAGUAAUAGUAAUAAUAGUAGUGGUAGUGGUAGUGGUAGUGGUGGUAAUGAACUUGCCGAGUCUUCAACACAACACCAACAGACACCAAACCUAAAUCCAAAUCCAAAUCCAAGUCAAAGUCAAAGUCAAAGUCAGCAAUUGCAAGAGCUACCGCAGUAUAGUGCAACCACAAUUAAUGACUCUCCGUCCUCAAAUAUACUUCCUGCUUACACUUUGGAACGAGUACCUGAUUAUCAAGGAAGUGACCCACCACCCGCCUAUUGUUAGAAUAGAAUAAACCCACUCACUCGCCUAUUCUCCACCUC